AUGGUAAGUAAUAAUAAUAAUAAUAAUAAUAAUAAUAAUAAAGUGAAGGUCGCAGUAGCCGCAAAAAAGUAUCAGCCCCUCAUUAUUUAUAAUUCAUCCACUAUGGGAGGGAAAAAAAAGAUGACUGCCCAUAAACCAAGAGUUAAAGAAAAUUCUAAGCCUUCCAGCAGCGACAAGGCGACUAGGUUUUUGGUUGAACAGACUGGAGGUCUAGGGGUAUCUUUAACAUGUCUUUUGGAUACGAAAUUACAAAGUGUCAGGAUUAAUUCCGAUGAGCUGAAAACGGAAAGUUGUCAGGGGAAGUUAACUGGGUUCGUUCCUAUCCUUCAAGAUCCAGAUGCAUCAGGCCUGGAUACACACCUUCUAAAUAUUUUAAAACGUCUGGAAAAGCGCGAUUCGGUUACUAAACAAAAGGCAUUACGUGAGUUUUGUGAACUUCUCAAACCUGAGUCAAAUAAAUCUGUAUGCAUUUCUGUGAGUACAAGCUCCAUUGUGACUGUUUUACCAUUUUGGCCAAGAAUUUACCAUCGUCUUUCGUUUGAUGGAGAUAGGAAAGUUCGCGAACUCGUCCAAGCAACUAUGCAUGCACUUGCAUCUCGUGUUGGCAAAGAUUUAGGCCCAUACCUAAAGCAGAUUGUUCCAAUAUGGACUUUUUCUACAGUUGAUACCUAUGAGCCAGCAGCCCUAUUUGCUAAUAAAGGGUUGUGUGAUACCUUUCCUGAGAAGAAACUAAUAGACGUUCACUGUCUGUGCUCUAAACAACUCUUAGAUAUGGUUGAAACUCAGUUAUUUGAACUAACACGUAAAAGAUGUGCAGAUACAGAGUCAUUUUCCUCUUCGAAACAUUGUUCAUCCAUGAAGAAUGAUGACAACCCUGUGGGAAAUACCAGUACGGAGUCAUCGUUUUACUCUUUUGACUUUUCAUCAACGUUGCGCUUCUUGACCUCUUUUAUUGGUAAUCUGAUUCAUCUUUCAUCAGAUCACAAACAACUGAUUCGCCUAAAAAUGUUGUUAUGUCCUGAAGGUAUUUGGGAUAAAGUGGCACGUUGUUUAAAAUCUUUAAGGAGCGAACAAAAUCCUAAUUGCUUGGAUCAAUCUUACGGGACAGUGUCUGGAGCUUGUAUCGCUGUGUAUAGACUGUGUUCAGUUUUGUGUCGUAAUCCUUCUUGGUGUCGAUGGAUGAAGGAAGCAAGUGAUGGGAAGGCUCUUGGUGAAUAUAUCAGUCAUAUAACAGUUGGGUCACUGGGUGUUACUUGUAUACUACUUGAAAAUACAUAUACCAGUAAGUCAGCUGAUAUUCCUACUCCUUUUGAGCUCGGCACUGGUGUGUAUUCUUCACUGUGGGAUGCGGCUUUGGCUUGUUUAACUGGACUAUCCGGUGAAUUUGUGUGGUCUGUCGUGGAUUGGAAUCAAACGUUUGUUACGAGAUUGGAAAAUCUUCUUAAUUAUUCCGAGAAGAAUCAAGCUAAACAGGCUUAUACACAUUUACUUUGUCUUGUAAAUGAAUUUCCUCUGGAUUAUUCUAAUCUAAAAAUUCAUGAAUUGGAGAUAUUAGAAAAACUUUUUAUUGACUCAACUUUGCUAGGAAUACACCGUUCACUUGGUUACACACCCGUUUCAGAUAGUGACUACAAUGAAACUGGUUCGUAUCUUUCAGACGAUCCGGAUGUAUCCGUUGUUAUAGCCACGGGGACUCUGGAAUGUGUAAGAUAUUUUAUUGAUCGAUUACUAACACCCAUGGGGGAUGAGAACAGAAAAGAGGUUCUUUUAGCUAAAAAGUUCUAUUCAAAGGUCCUUAUGCGUCUUUUUUCUGACUGUCUUAUUACACAUGCACGAGUCCAUACCUCUCCGCAAUUGGUUUGCAGCCGUCCACCACUCUCCAGGCAAUCCUAUUUAAAUAUUGUUUUCAAUCAAACUGCAAAGUUUUGCAAUAAUAUUGCUCAAUCUAAUCAUCUUCUAAAAAUACAAAUGUAUGAUGAAUUAAGAAAUACUUUGUUCAGAUGGAUUUCCUUAGGACAAUCAAACGAAUUCUCAACACCAACCAUUGAUGUUGGCAAAGUGGAUCGUAUGUUUAUUGGAAUUGUUGAUCCGUUACGAUUAAUCAGCUUUAUAAAUCAUUUAGCUAAAUCCAGCAACCAGAAAUGUAACCGUUAUAUACCUAAUGAUUCAAAAAUUUCACAAAGAGUAGAUAAUAAAAUGAAUCACUGUGAUUUAACUGUUACUGUGCAAACAGAGUGGUGUAUUAAUCUAUUUCACAGUAUUAGUGAUAUACUACUAAAUAAUAUAAAUGCCAAUUUGUCUGAAGACAGUCCAAAUGAUAGUUUCUAUAUUUUGGUAUUCUUAUGCAUCUACGGCUAUCUUCCUUUGAAAUCUUUCUCUGCUCCAUGUAUUCUUCGAAAAGUAUUUUCUUCACUUUUAUCUAAACUACCUAAUGAAGUGCAUGCAAUUUGUUGGUCCUAUCCAGUUAUACAAGGCUUAGCCAAAUUAUGGAUUCUUUCUUCUGAAAAUAUUGAUAGUGAACGAGAAAUCCCCAAUAAUUCAUCGAUUUGCUUAUUAUUCACCAAUUAUAUACUUCCAGUACUGAUUCAGUCAUUACCAAGUCUAAGGAAUAUUUUCGAUUCAGUCAAUGUUUGUGCAAAAUUGUUAUCAAAUCGCAUUAGCGACACUUUAUGUUUUUGGGCGCAGGUAUGGUUUGACAAAGUGGUUAGUAGUGAUGAAAGUCCUUCAACAACUGUAAUAUCAUUCAUGAAUAAUCUACAUUCUUUAAUAACAAAUUCUUUCAAUCACAUAUCAAGCAGUAAUAGUAAUAAUGAUUGUAAUUCACCUGAGAUGAUUAUUCCUAUCCAGUUGUUUGAAACGUUGUCUACCUGUCUCAAACGACGCUAUGCAAACGUGUUAUUCUGCGAUGAUGCCAACUGUAUUGUCACUAAUGCAUCAGAAUUAAGAAUUAUUGGAAGUUUGUUAAUUCAUCUGCUACAUAUGAUAAACAACAACAAUGUAUUCAGUCCAUCCUGCUUAAAUUAUCAUUAUUUACUGCUCACAAAAAUCCUGUUUUGUUCAUAUAGCAUUAGCGCUUUCGUUAAAAUUAACGAAUCUCCAGAUGCUUCUUAUUUACUAAAAUCUAACGUAGAUGAUCAUAUUUUACCUAAUGACAAUCACCAUGCGUACAAUUAUAAUGAUGGUGAUAAUGAUGUUGUGUUUAAUUUAAAAGAAUUAAUUAACUGUUCAGAGGUAAUUAUUUUAAAACGAUUAAAUCUUGAAGAACUAAAAGAUUGUAAUGAGGAAGGCUUCUUUAUUCAAUUCUCUAAUCUAAUUUUCAUGAAUACUGUUUCUUCAAAAUUUAUCACCCCAUUAUUUUAUCAUUUUGUUUCUCGUAUUUAUUCAGUUGUACAUGAUAAACUAAAUUUUUCAUCUUCUGUUUCAUACUUUUCUAUGCUCUGGCUAAAAUAUCUAAUCAAACACGUAAAACUUGUUUUAGAAGCAGUUGUAAAGAUAUAUCCUUUGCCCGAGACAUUUUUUAUUUCCCGUCAUCUUUCACAAGAUCACAGCAUAUGUCCGUUAUCUGUAUUGCCAAAUUUUGGUCAGUUAGUUCGCUUGCAUCAAUUGGGUUUAUUAUUACGUCUUCCUAUACAGUUUAUGUCAUUCGAUAACGACGUUUGUUCAACUCAAUAUUUAUUAUGUCUUGGAUUUAUACGUGUCUGGAUAUCAAGCUUUCGUGAGCCAUUGGAUAUAUGUAUUGAUAUUGGUUGGUCUUCAAAUCAAACAGAUUUAAAUGUAGUGAAUGUAAAUGGUCAGCUUGAGAACUUUGAGCCAUCAGUGUCUGCAUUUGAAGAAAAUCGAGUCCUGCUUGUUAAAACGCUGGGUUCAUUUUGGCAUGAAUUUACAGCUGACUUUCCACUUUCACGCCUCUUGAGCUUAUCAUCACCAAACACUUUGGAAUACAUUGCUGAAUCAGAGUCCCAAGCUUAUCAUAUCUUACAGUCAACAAUAAAUAGCUUGUUAUUGAAUCGUUUACGUACUAUACAUCCAAAUUUAUGGCCUCUUGAUAUCAAACUUGCAGCUAGUUGUAACGAUGGUGAUAUUCAAAACUUAACGUGGACUGACUUAUAUUUACCGCUUAAUUCAUCAACAGAAAAUAUUUAUUCAGAUAAAAUACGGUUUAAUACGUGUAUUGAGCUUUAUUUACCUGCAGGUGUUAUUCGUCGUUGUCUGUCAAGACAAGAAUUACUCGGUCGGUUAAAAAGUUUAUCCUUAUCUGUUGGAAAGUACAGCUUAUCAGAUUUAAGCGAUCACCACUUAAAAACUCAUGAAUAUAUCAUUGAGUUGAUUUCAAGUCUUGCAAAUGUUCGUGCAACUGCACCUAUUUACCUCACAACAUUUUCUUCUAUUAUUUUAGAGGAUUAUCGAACAUGGUUAGCUAAUUUAACUGCUUCUGCUACGGAGAAUAAAAGUGUAUGUUUACAGUCACCAGUAGUCUUUAAUAUAUGUCUUUCAACAAUGAGUUACCUUGAGUGUUUAUUAUUGUUGUGGCAGCCUUGGCAAUGGAGCGCCAUAGAAUCCGAAAAAUCUCCAAUAUCUGUUAGAUUGGGUCUCGUUCAGUUAAGUAUGAGAAUACGUCAGUUAAGACCUUCUUUAUCUGUUGAACAAUGGGAUUUUGUUCUUUGUUUAACUUUGAGUUGGGUCUGUUCAGUUGUUCAUUAUUUUUGUGGCUCAUCUAAUCCUGAUGUCGAAAAAACUUUAUAUAGUUUACUUGGAACUCGAGUGUUUCGAAUGUCUGCUGCACUUGGUGCAAUAUUUAUUGAGCGUUAUUCACAUUUACCUCUAUCGGAUUGCAUCAUUUUAAAGGAAAUCAAUGCAGCUAAAAAGGUGAUUCAAUCCGACAACAUGGAUUCACAUGAUGCUGAUGAGUGUGAGGAUGAAGAACCUGUAAAUGAGUUUUUUGACGAAGAAGAACAUGCAAAAGCGUUCUCUGACAUUCAGUGUGAUAGUAAUGACCAAUCUAAAAACAUUCUCUCAGAAAGUUUGAAUAUAGACUUCGAAGAGGAAUUGGAGACUGAUAUUAAUCAGAUGGGUAUAGAAGAUGCCGAUUUAGAUGAUGAAGAGUAUAUGUAUCGUGUUUUUGCAAAAGGAUUACCCCUCAUACCUCGUCGAGGAGAUGCACCUCCACUUGUUCGAAAUGACUGGGAAAACUUUUUUGCUCCUGACCACUACUCCACACUACUGCGACUUGUUUUAAAGAGCUGCAUCCCAUUGGAACAUAACAAAUCUCAGGCUGUCCUUGAUACUGAUAUUCACAUUCAGGCUCUGUGUGCUGCGUUUGCCACUUGUCCUGUUAAUCAUUUAAUAACUGCAUUCAGUAAUCAAACUUCAUUGGUUUUUGAGUACUUGAGUGAUGUUCAAUUAAAUAUAGGUCAGCCUUGCUUGAUAAGUCAACUCUACCCCUCUAAGAUUGGGUCUGUAAAUGAUUUUACUGUUGGAUUUCGUGCUAGUCUAGAUAUGGCUUGCAAGCUAGUUUCUUACUCUCCUCACCAGUCUGGUCAACUCCUCGGUUACAUUUUAUUAAAUAGACUCUCUGGAACUCGUGUGCUACAAGGCAAGAAUAAAACUUCGAUAUCUAUAGCUAAUUAUAUGAUCCGUCGUAUUCCAACCUCUUGGAUGUCGGCUUUAUCCGGACUGUUACCUUCUUCUAUUGAGAAGUAUCUGCAAAGUGAGGUGGCUGCCGAUCACUGGGGUCGCGGUAAUUCAAGGUUGUUGUACUUACUUGAUUUUUCUACUUCUGGCUGGACAGUUAAAUGUCAAACUCAUCAAGCUCUUCUUGGUUAUCUGUUAGCUUGGGAUAGUUUAUUAAGCCUAAUGACUUGUGCUGGACCCCAAACUCGAGCUUCUCUACAAAACUCCCUGUUGAGUUCAUCAGCCACUAUUUUUGAUAGGUUCAUGCUUACAAUCGGUUUGCUUCUUCCACCUUCAGGAAAUCUAGAAUAUUUUAUAAAUAAUUCUUGUAGACUGGAACCUGAUGAACGCCUUUCACUCCCUAACUCAACAUCUCGUAUAUAUCUUACAGCUGCUUUAACUGUAUUUUGUUCACGUCGCAACAGUAAACGUUCUGUUAACUUAGUAACACCAGUUUCUCCCGGUGAUAGUGAGUGGCGAGAUGCUUUUUCUCCUGAUGACUCGCUUCUUCUUAUCCCUGGACACCGAGUGGCAACCGAAAUUAACCACUUGGCGGUGAGGCUGUUUCGUCGUUUUCUUUCGGAAGCUCCCGCUUUAGUUCGUGCAUGGCAUACUCAACUUACUUCUUUAUCUAGCUUCCCACAAAGUGUAUCUGAACAAACCAGUCCACUUGCUGUCCACCGUCCUGGUCGUUUACGCCAAUUAGCUGGUACCAUUGAUAAAAUUGUGUCGAAAUAUUUCUCGCCCAGCCUAGCUCGAGACGAAGUUGUUUUGGUUCAGUAUCGUUCAUAUCUCCGAUUGUUAAGCAAAGAACGGAGUUCUUCAAAGAGUCUAUUCUCCAUGCUUAAAAGUUCAGCUGAAGUUGGAAGUGUUCGUAUAAAAGGUCGUCCUUUAUCGCGAGAAAUUAUUGCCACGUAUUACGUGGGAGAUGAUCAUUCGAUGGAAAUGGUAAUCCAGUUGCCAAACAACUAUCCCUUAAGUCCAAUUACUGUUAGUAAAGGGCGUAGUGUCGGUGUGGGAAGUCAACAGUGGCAGUCAUGGCUUUUACAAAUGUCUGUUUUUGUUAAUAAUCAUAAUGGAUCAAUUUUAGACGGUAUCGAUUUGUGGCAAAGUAAUGUUCGGAAAAAAUUCGAUGGUGUUGAAGAAUGUGCAAUUUGUUACUCGAUUGUUCACAACACAAAUUUCAGUUUGCCUAAAAUGCGAUGUCACACGUGUCGUAAACUAUUUCAUUAUGCUUGUAUGUACAAGUGGUUUACAACUAGUCGAAACCCUGCUUGUCCAUUGUGUAGACACUUGUUUAUUGAUCCAACCGGUCGUCCUAUGUCAACAUAA